AUGGAUGAGACAAGAGUGAAGCUGAAUGGCAAUGUCGGGAGCGAUGACUGGUAUAAAAAUAACAUCAAGAAGAAAAUGUGUUGUUUCUAUGUGGAGGCUGCUAGUGAGGGGAUUUGUAAGUGUGGAUACUCGAAGGUCCAACACAGCGAUGAGGCCAUCAAACCUGCGCAAUAUUUGGGGAAAGAGUGGAGUCAUCACAAACACAUCAGAGAAGAACCCACUGAUGCCUAUGGAGAUAUUAGUUUUGGUGGGCUUGGACAGAAAUUGGGGAAGUAUGUUCGGAUAUCAUCGGCCACGCCACCUGAGCUUCUCUAUCAGCUGAUGACAAAACAGUGGAAACUACGUCUUCCCAAACUCCUGGUAUCAGUGACCGGUGGGGCUAAAAACUUUGGCAUGAAGAGUCAAUUGAAGGAUAAGUUUCGGCGUGGCCUCAUCAAAGUGGCCCAGACCACAGAUGCAUGGAUCCUGACAGGUGGCACUCAUACAGGUGUGAUGAAACACGUGGGUAUGGCCGUGCAAGAUUCCAAGCUCAGUAGCAGCUCAAUGGAGGGACAGAUCGUGGUCAUCGGUGUGGUGACGUGGGGUAUCAUUCAUAAUCGACAAGAACUUAUCAAUCCUGAGGGUUGUUUCACAGCUAAUUAUUCUCAGGAUGAGCAGAAUCAAGGACGACUUUCAUGUCUGGAUGAAAAUCAUACUCAUUUUCUUCUGGUGGAUGAUGGCACUCAUGGACGUUAUGGAGGUGAAAUUGAACUGCGGGCUCGACUGGAGAAACUGAUCUCUGAGCAGCCACUGGAGAAACGGAUUUCUGAUGGUGUGACGAUACCUGUGGUCUGUGUGGCGCUGGAGGGUGGACCAGGAACUUUACACACAAUUUAUAAUUCAAUGCUGAACAACACGCCAUGUGUCGUCCUGGAAGGAUCCGGCCGUUUGGCAGACGUCAUCGCUCAGGUGGCCGAUCUGCCAGUGUCAAAGGUCACUGUGGUCCAUAUUAAACAGCUGAUAAAGAAGUUUUUUGGACAGGAGUACAAACAUUUUUCUGAGCUUCAGUUCUUUGAGUGGACCAAAAAGAUUCAGGACAUAAUCCGGAUGCCUCAUUUGCUGACUGUGUUUCGUAUCGACGAAGAGAAAAACAGUGACGUUGAUGUUGCCAUUCUGCAAGCUCUGUUCAAAGCCUCCAGGAAUGAAGAAAGCACCGGUCGACAGUCUUGGAAGAGACAGCUGGAGCUCGCCAUGGCCUGGAAUCGAGUUGACAUUGCAAAGACCGAGAUUUUCACUGAGGAGAGCCAAUGGACCUCCAGUGAUCUUCACCCGUCCAUGUUCUCGGCUCUGGUGGGCAAUAAGCCGGAGUUCGUGCGUCUCCUGCUGGAGAACGGUGUGUGUGUUCGGCAGUUUCUGGAACAUGAGGAGACGCUCUGUAAACUUUAUGGCAAACUUUAUGACAACAUGCCCAGCUGUUUCUUCUUACGUAAGCUGAACAAACGUGGUCAUUCACCUUCAUCCACCGGCAGUAAUGAAGUUUCACUGAUUCACGUGUCUGAAGAAUUAACACAUUUGUUGGGCAGCUUCACUCAGCCUCUGUACGACUCAUCACGACACAAAGCAACUAAAGACAACAGGGUUUCAAUGCCAACCGAGCAUCCACAUAAUUCUGAAAAGAAGAUUCCAGGCUCGAAGAGGGAUCCAUGCCAGGAUCUUUUCCUCUGGGCUGUUGUACAGAAUAACAGAGAACUGGCAAAAGUUGGUUGGGAACAGUGCAGAGAUUGUAUCGCAGCCGCUCUGGCAGCCAGUAAGAUUUUAAGAAAACUGGCGCAGGAAAGCCGAGAUCUUGAUGGUGAGGAGGCGAAGGAAAUGAGAGAUCACGCUGAUCACUAUGAGACACAAGCCAUGGGUGUUUUCAGUGAAUGUCACACCAGUGAUCCUCAGCGAGCUCAGAAACUCUUGAUCCGGAUGUCACCAAGGUGGGGAAGAUGCACCUGUCUGUGGCUCGCUCUGGAAGCUCAGAAUAAAAGAUUCAUCGCUCAUUCAGGAGUCCAGAGUCUGCUCACACAGAUCUGGUGCGGUGAGCUCUCGGUGGAGAAUACAUACUGGAAGGUUUUGGUCUGCAUGGUCUUUUUUCCUCUUAUAUACACUGGCUUCUUAUCCUUCAGACGUGAUGAAGAUAUUCCCAAAGAGGCUGAGAGGACAGAGCAACAGAAACGGGCCAAGGAUUCUAGACAAACAAAUACCAAAAAUAAACAAAAUUCACGUGGCUCUUCACAGACGUCUGAGAUAAAGCCUCUGAACUGCGGAUCUCGCCUUAUGAAAUUCUUUCAUUCACCUCAAGUGAAGUUUUACUGGAAUAUCGCCUCUUAUUUUGGUUUCCUGUGGCUUUUUGCCGUGGUGCUGAUGAUCGAUUUCCAGACUUUUCCAUCAUGGAGAGAACUUCUGCUGUAUGUCUGGCUGGGAUCACUGAUGUGUGAGGAGGUUAGACAGCUUUAUCACGACUUUGAUGGCUCUGGUUUUCGUAAGAAAGCAAAGAUGUAUAUCAAAGAUGUGUGGAACAUUCUGGAUGUGCUGUCAAUUGUGCUGUUCAUCGCCGGCCUGGUAUGCAGGCUGAACACCUCAGACACUUUGUUCUACAUUGGUAAAGUUAUUCUGUGCAUUGACUUCAUUAUAUUCUGCCUGAGACUGAUGGCCAUCUUUACUAUCAGUCGAACCCUGGGACCCAAAAUCAUCAUUGUCAGGAGAAUGAUGACGGAUUUGUUCUUCUUCAUGUUUCUGUUGAGUAUCUGGGUGGUGGCGUACGGCGUGGCUAAACAAGGCAUUUUGAUUCAGAACGAAGACAGACUGGAUUGGAUCUUCCGCGGUGCUGUUUAUGAGCCGUACCUCAUCUUAUUCGGCAACCUCCCCACUGAUAUAGAUAACACUCAGUUUGAUAUGAACAGCUGUAGUUUAAAUGCCACGGACCCUUUAAAGCCCAAAUGUCCCAUUUUAAGUGAAGACAACAUGCCAGUAUUCCCAGUAUGGCUGACCGUCAUUCUGCUGUGCGUCUAUUUGCUCUUCACCAACAUUCUAAUGCUUAACCUUCUUAUUGCCAUCUUAAGCUAUACGUUCCAGGAGGUUCAGGACAACACCGACACCAUCUGGAAGUUCCAGCGAUAUGAGCUGAUUAAAGAAUAUCACAGUCGUCCUGCUCUCCCACCGCCCUUCAUCCUCAUCAGUCAUCUCAUCAUCUUCAUCAAAGGGGUGUUUGUGCGUUCACCAGCACAGGGACACCAAUGCUUCAGACGAGAGCUUGAGGAGUCUGAGGAAAAGAAGCUGCUGUCAUGGGAGGCUUUCAUGAAGGACAACUAUCUGUCAUCUACACGUCAAGAUGAGAAUCACAGUGUGGAGCAUCGAAUCCAGGACACAGCUGAGAAGGUUAAAGAGAUGUCUGAACUUCUGGAGAGGGACCAGAAGAUGGUUUCCACCAGAAUGGCAAAAAGACUCACCAAGCUGGAAGAGCAGGUCACUGAAGCUCUUCGCUGGAUUAUGGAUGCUCUGAAAUCUCAGGGAUAUCAAUCCAAACUGGAGCCGCCUCUAUUCACAGGUAAAAGCACUGACAGGGACGAUGGUGAAUCCAGCGGACAGGAGACAGAAGAUGAGAAGCCUCCUCACACGUAUGCACGUCAGCUUCAGUAUCCCGGCAGUAAUGUCACACGCUUUCCUGUACCUGAAGAGAAGGUGUCCUGGGAGACAAACUUCACUUCUUACCUUCCCCAAGUUUACAAUCAGCAGGAAAGCGAUAAUAGUACAGAUGCUUCGGCUUUAGACAAGUACAGGAAUCCAGGAGGAAGAACUGGGAUACGAGGAAAAGGGGCUCUUAAAUUCCUCGGCCCAAAUCACAAAAUCCAUCCAAUCCUUACCAGAUGGCGUGAUGGUGAACGGACAGUACUGGAAUUUCUCGCCGUUUGGAAAGAUGCAGAGAAGUGUUAUUGUCUUCCAGGGGGUAAAGCCAAACCUAAUGAAGCUCUGCCACUGACGCUGGAGAGAAUUCUGGGUAAAAAUUUAAACGAGAGGAUCAAAUCUGACCUACAGGCUGCAGAACAGAUUUAUAAGGAUUAUGUAGAUGAUAGCAGAAACACAGACAAUGCAUGGUUGGAAGCCACUGUCCUCACACUUCACUUUGACAAAAACAGUCCAGUGAUGUCACAAAUAAACACGAUUGUUGAGAGCACGUCACCAUCUCACCAGCACUUUCAAUGGCAAGAAGUGAGCAUCAAAACAUGUUUGUGUCCAUACCAAAGAGAAGCUUUACGUCUCAUAGCGCAGCGUCACAACACAAACUUCUGAUCUUCAGGAAAACACACACACACACACAACAUUUACAUUUAUUCAUUUAGCUGACGCUUUUUUAAAUAUAUUUAACAAUUGAAUUCGAACCCGGGUCUCUCACACCAAAGGCGUGUGUCUUAUUCACUGCGCCUACAUCAAAAACUAUUACCUCAACCACACAACUGUUUUACCUGUGAUGAAAAGCUUGAAUUCAUGGGAAUGAUCUUUAAUCAAGAUGUUAUUUGAAAGAAAAGACACUGUUGGCAAACAAAAUUGUGAAGAUUAUGGCUGCUUUGUAUUCAUUUUAAAAUCUGCCAUUCGUCUGACAAAGACUUCGUCUUACAAAGAACUGCAUGUCAGUGUAUCAUUUUAUUUCAAUUUUCUAAUUCAUUUCUUAUUUAAUUCAUUUUAAUUUUUGCUGUCUGGGUCAAUAUGAAUGUGGUUGAUGAGCUUUUUUUUCAAUAUAGGAUAGUAUUGCCUUAUUCGUUUACAGGAUGCAAUAAUGUUUAACAAAUGCAUAGAUGCCAUAGAUGUAUAGAUACAGUUGCAAUCAGAAAUAUUCAACCCCCUCACCUCAAAAGACAUUAUGGUAACACUUUACAGUAAGGAUGCACUAAUAAUCAUAAAUUCAUGCGUAACUAAUGCACAGAUAAUACUGAAUUAAUGUAUUAGUAAUGAUUAUCUAAGCUAUUCAUAAGCUAUUCAUUAAUGAUUGCCUCAUUAGCAACUAAUGAAGUGUCUGUCUGAUUAAUAUAUUAGCUCAUAUAUUUAUUAAAUAUGUAAUUGUGGAUUAAUUCCAUCAUCACUUAUUUUAUUAACUAAGAGUGUUAAUUAAUUUGUUAAUUACUAUAAUGAGCCUAAGCCUUAUAUUUCAACUUCCAGAUAAUACAGGUAAACAACUAAUAUGCAUUAAUACAAUAUUAAUAACAACAUUAGUAGUGUGUUAAUUAAUACAAUUACUAAAUAAUGAGUUAAUAAUGAUGUGCCUCAACAAGUAAAGUCGGUCACACUUUAUUUUACGGCAUCACAGUUACAGUGUAAUUAUACAUUUAUGUGCUAAGUAAUAAUCAUUAAAAACAUGUACCUACUAUAAGGUUGGGGUUAGGAAUAGGGUUUGGUUUAGGGUUAGUUGCAUGUAACUAAGCAUAAUUAAAGGAACAGUAUGUAAGAAAUUUAUAUCAAUUAAUAAUAAAAUGGCCCUGAUAUGUCAGUAGACAUUAAGAAAUCAUUUUCAUUUCAAAUACUUAUAUCAGU